ACCAGUCCGAAUUGUAGCCAUUUAUAAUUAUAGUUAAAUAAAGAUAAAAUCACAUGAUAGAAUAAGACUAAAGAGUAAAUAACAAUAAUGUUCAUUCAGAAAGCAAAAAAUUUUUCGUUUUAUUAAUAUGAUAAAAUUUAUUAAAGUGUGAUUUGAGAAAAUCUUUUAUAAAAAAUGGGAUCUUCUCAUAGCGUUGAAAUACCUGGAGGUGGUACAGAAGGUUAUCAUGUAUUAAGGGUUCAGGAUGACUCUCCUGGACAAAAAGCUGGCUUGGAAGCAUUUUUUGAUUUUAUUGUAUCCAUUGGAAAUAAUCGUUUGGAUCAGGAUAAUCAUCUUUUAAAAGAUCUUCUUAAAGCUAAUGUAGAUAAAGAAGUAACUAUUACCGUAUAUAGUAGUAAAACACAAUCUGUACGUCAUACUGUUAUUGUACCUAGUAUGACAUGGGGUGGACAAGGAUUUCUUGGUGUUAGUGUACGAUUUUGUUCGUUUGAGGGUGCUAAUGAAAAUGUUUGGCAUGUGCUUGAAGUACAUCCUUCUUCCCCCGCAGAACUUGCUGGUUUACGUCCUUUCACAGAUUACAUUAUUGGAGCAGAUUCUGUUUUACACGAAAGUGAAGAUUUAUUUACUCUGAUAGAAGCUCAUGAGUCUCGGCCUUUGAAAUUAUACGUAUAUAAUACGAAGGAUGAUUCUUGUAGAGAAGUUACUAUUACACCUAACACUACAUGGGGUGGUGAAGGAAGUCUAGGAUGUGGAAUUGGGUAUGGAUACUUGCAUAGAAUACCUAUCAGAAAUAUUCCUGAGACCAAGCCACGUAAUUCAUCGUAUUACACUACGUCUAACGUAAAAACUACUGUUCCCAAUCAAAUGCAAACAAAUGCAACUACUACAGUUACAAGCAUUCCUCCUGGAUUCUCAAUUCCCUCAAAUUAUAUUACGACUGUUGAUAAUACUAGUAAAAAUGAAACUGUCGUUACGUCGCAAGCUAUUCUGCAUCCUAAUUUAUCGCAAAUAAAUCCUGCUGAUGCUGGAGCUACUACAACUAAUCCAACGAUUCAUCCUUCCUCUAAUCAACCUAUUGUUACUACUUCAUCUAGUACUGACAUUUCCCAUUACAAAGAUAGUCCAAACAUUCCUGGGAUGCCAACCAGUCCACCUAUUUCAUCAUAUUCUAUGGAAGGAAAUGUUCCAAUAGGAGUAACAACUACACCACAUGCGAUUACAAUGCAGAGUUAUAAUUUACCGGGUGCACCAAAUACUAUUUCUUCAUUACCUUUCAAUGUGAAGGAAUCCCAACUUGUGACAACACCUAUUUCAUUACCAGGAAUGCCUCCCAUUACCGUUAAUGCAACUCUACCACAAAAUCCUUCGUUUUAUUCCUCUGUUCUUCAUCAGAAUCCAUUACCAACUACUACUCCAUCUCCACCUACAUCGGUAACGACACAGUAACAGUUAUUUCUGAUUCUUCAAAUGCAAUCUUCUUUUGCCCUUUGAUAAAAUAUUCAAUAUGUAGGUAAAAUAAAAUAGAACAUAUUACGCAAUAUUAAAUCAAUGCAUUACCUAUUUGUACGCGAAUAUAGAUCAUUAAUGUCACAAAGAUUGUAUCUUUGAUAAGGAUUAUUAUGUGUCUCAAAUGUCACAUCAUAAUAUGUAUGAAAUAUUUAAUAUUGUACAUAAAUAUUAGCUUAACAAAAUUUUUAAAGAAUACGUUUAAAUAAACUUAAAAAAAGAAAUUGCAUAAAA